CUUUCUGCUUCUCGCCUCAAUACUCGCUCCCUCAUUUUCAAUUCUUUCCAGUUCUGUCAAUGGCUUAUAUCUGACAUAGUUAACUGGCGGAUUCAACUUAUUCAUCCUUUAGAACAAUAGUUUCUCUCCUCCUCGGUUACUUUCGCCAUUACUUUUUGGAUCCGUCGCUGUCGUUGAUUGAUCUACAAGAUACAAAUAUUAGGGUUUUGUGUGUGUUAGGGUUUCGAAGAGCAUCUCCAUAAUGCCUUCGGAGCUCACAGAAACGAAUAAGCUGUCAUUAGUACCUACUUUGUCACGUUUUAGUAGUGGAUUGUGUUCUCAUCGUCUGAAACAUCUUGAAAAAAGUGAUCGCCGUGGUAAUCUUAGUUAACAUUAGCUCAUAUUUGUUUUAGUUUUUCACUGUCCUUUUAAUUAUCCAUCGGCUUUGCUUUUCGGUUUCUUUUUCGUUUGAUUGUCCAUACGAGGUGUCGGCGUUCAGUUUGACUGAGAAAGGUUACUUGCCUGCUUAGCGUUGACGUUAUUUUGAGUUCUGUAUUAAACUUACUGGUUCUUUGUAAUCGAUGGACAUUGGCUUUUUGUGUGGUGAGGAGAAAUCAGAUUCUUUGAGCAAUUUAGUAAAUAGCCUGGACAACAACCUUGGUGGAUAUUUGCAAAUUCAGGAUUUUUGCACGCGGAAUACAUCUGACAGAGAUGGUAUCUCUGGUGUUGAGGAGGGACUUGAAGCCCUGAAACUGGAUGAGGCUAAAUAUGGUCCUCAGAUCUUGCACAAGUCUCCUAGUUUUCCUCCGCCCAUUAAGAUUUCAAAUUCUGCUUCUUCUGAUGAACAAGAUGAAGACGAAGAACUUAAGAUAGCCUUGCAGCGAAUGUUUUCUGAAGAAUCUACUCACUUCCCCUACCCUCACUCGCUAUCUUUGUCUAUUCCUGUGAAGCUUGUGUCUGCUAUGAAAGGCAGCCGAGAGAGAGAGGGUGGACCACCAAGGAAACUGACUGUGAAGUGGGCUCCUGAUGUGUAUGAUCCUCCACCGACAAUAGUAUCCCACACUGUUAAUAGAGGCAGGAAGCAGCAGAAGUUCAGGAAAGACGAAAGAAAGAAACAGAAAAAUGGAAAGAAAGGGCAGAGAGGCAACUCUUCACAUGGUGGUGGCAAAAACAAGAAGCAAUCCCGAAAAAAUGCAGGGAGUACUGACAAGGGUUUCAAAUCAAUGGACGUAUGUGGUAGAGUAAUAGAGCUUUCUGAUGACUUCAAAGACUUCGACAUUGGUGGUCGCAAAUCCUACUGUGGCAGCAUUUUCCUCAAACAAGCACUCAGCGAGGUGCAUUACUCAGUUGCAGAGGCAUUAUGAUCUAAAACUCCCUUCCCAUGUUCAUUUCGUGUUCUUGCAUGCAUGUAUAUAAAUAAGUGUCAAUCUAUCUGCUUCCAUUAGUUGGUACUCUAAUGCGGUUGUGUUGUUGCUGUGUGGAACCUAUAAAAAAAUUUUGAUUGUUUGUUGUGUGAUGUUUCCGGUAAAUAGUGGCUUUUAGAA